AUGGAUCAGGGUAUAAUCAGGAGGCUUCAGGUUUUUGCAGAGGAUGCCAACAACAUCAAACGCAGUUGCAGAGAAGAUCUAAGGGAAUUAGUAUGUAAGGUCCUUGAUGGCUUUAGCGAUUGCGGCCUUGCCCUCGAAACACUCUACACGUAUUGGAGUAGUAUUGACAGUAGUUACCCCAGGAGGAACGCUGCAAUAGAUGCCAUCGUCAAUGCCAAGGAAGCACUGGCCAGUACACAAAGGUUCUUGCGCAGUACCUGUUCGUUUCUUUUUGGCCCUGCACCUGAGCACAAGGAGGCCCCUUUCAUCAGGUUUCAUACCUCGCUAAGUGUCGAAAACUCUGGAAAGCUUGAGGGCCUUGCAAUGGCACUUGAGAAGGUUGCUCCGUACAUUCCCAUGGACGAAGAGAGUGCAACUGUGGUUAUCAAGAAUCAGGAGCCUGCUGUUGCAAAAAGAAUAGUGGAUGUCAUUGGCUUUUUUUUAGACGAUUGCAGGGAUUUUCACAAGAAUGCUGUGCAUAUAAGUAUUGAGCAUCUUAGGCCAUGGGUUCAUAAGCUUGCUACUGACUGUUAUACAACCUUAAAAGAUUUUUCUGGAGGGGAGCUCGAUGUCUUGAGGCAGUCCAUUGAGUAUCUUCCCGAGGGCUUGCAGAAGCGGGAAGCACCGAGGCUUCUUCGUAAUGCAGAGAACGCCAUCAGCUUCUCCAUUGAUUCCAUCAGUGAGGUUUUCGAGAGGUUUAAGUGCUGUGAAAGCAUCAGCACCAACCAUGCUGAAUUUCCCAGUCAGUUUAGAGACCUGAUGGAGUCAUUGGAAGCUUCCUCUUUCAGGAUGGCAGUGCUGGAAAAGACUGUUGCUGAUCUCAGAAAGGCUCUUAAUACAAGUGUUUUUAGGAGAUUUCUUUACUUUCCUAGUCAGGUCACCAGAAGAAUUUCCUGGAGCAUGGAUAGUCCGAGAGUGAAAGCUAUCCGGAGUCUAUGUGCCAUAUUUAUAGCCAUCCUGUCCAUUAGGCUUGUCUUUUGGUGUAUUAGACAAAGACUAUUGAGCAAGAGGAACAGAAGAUACCAUGAAGAGCAGGACAAGGAUUUCAUGCAUGCCUCGAGUGAUCAGUGGCGCCUUAUGAGCUAG